AUGGACUUCUCUCUUCGUCACCAUCAUCCUUUGGAUAUCCUGCUCUUGCUCUACUCUCUUCUCUACUUGUUCGAACCUCGCUUCACUACAACCCCACACAUCCUCUACAACUUCUUGACCUCCUCGUUCACAUCUCUACUCCAGUCAAGCACCGGACCAACAGCCUACCACGACCCCUCCGCCCCGCACCUCGUCCCAGUAGACGACUGCCUAACCUACGAAACAGGAUACCGCCCUAACCUCCCCGGCCAACGAACCUGGUGGAUCUUCUGCCCGAUCACCGGCCUUUUCGCCAACAGCUACUCCCUCCUCGGCGCGAUGAUCGAGUGCGUCGCGCGCGGACAGGCGACCCUCGCGCCGAACUGGGACCGUACCGUCGCCGGCGGCAUCUGGUAUGAUUUUGACUGCGGGGCUGAUGUUUUGGAUGGGCAGGUGCUGAUGGAUAUGGCUGUUAGUGAUAUGCAGAGACGCAUUGAGCGGUAUAUGUAUACGAGUGAUGGGCAGGUGGGGUAUAAGCCUGCGCUUGGGUUUCGGUAG